GCAACCUGCCCAAGCAUGCAGCACUGCCCCUGAAUCGGCACUUGAGCUGAAGCAGAUCAGUCAUUGUCCCAGCCUCUCAAAUCUUACCCAGGUCACGAUGGUGCCGUUGGGGCACUUAGCCAAAGGGGCCACUUUGGAAGAUCUUCUUGAAACCUGCAUUCAGUCUUUUGAUUUAGAAGGAAAUGCCUAUCAAAACAACCAGCUACUAAAAAUAAUUCUGGCCAUGCAUCAGUUUUUCAUCUCCUCUGCGGACAUGCUCCAGAAACUUUUUUCUACGUAUCUUAAUGCUUUAGAAAAUAAAUCUUCCAUGCUGUGUGUAAAGAUAUGCUAUUUUGUGAGGUAUUGGAUUACAGAGUUCUGGGUUAUGUUCAAAAUGGACUCUCAACUAUCCACAACUAUGGAGGAAUUUCAAGAACUGGUUAAAGCUAAUGGUGAGGAGUUACACUGUCGUCUAAUUGACACAACUCAAAUAAAUUCUAGGGAUUGGUCUAGAAAGCUGACACAGCGUGUAAAGGCCAACACCAGUAAGAAACGGAAAGUCUCGCUUCUUUUUGAUCACCUUGAGCCAGAGGAGCUGUCAGACCACCUUACCUAUCUUGAAUUUAAGUCUUUCAGAAGAAUAUCAUUCUUAGAUUAUCAGAACUACAUUGUGAAUAGUUGUGUGAAGGAGAAUCCAACAAUGGAAAGAUCGAUUGCUCUUUGCAAUGGUAUCUCUCAGUGGGUGCAGCUAAUGGUUCUCAGCAGACCAACACCACAGCUUCGGGCUGAAGUGUUCAUCAAGUUCAUUCAUGUUGCACAGAAGCUACACCAGCUGCAGAAUUUCAAUACAUUAAUGGCAGUGAUAGGAGGUCUCUGUCACAGUUCCAUUUCCAGACUCAAGGAAACAAGCUCAUGUGUUCCUCAUGAUGUAAUUAAGGUGUUUAAUGAAAUGACAGAACUGCUUUCAUCUUACAGAAAUUAUGAUAGUUAUCGACGUGCCUAUAACGAGUGCAGUAACUUUAAGAUCCCAAUCCUUGGGGUCCACCUGAAAGACUUGAUAUCACUUCAUGAGGGAAUGCCAGACUACUUAGAGGACAAAAAAAUUAACAUAUACAAACUAUACUCUCUGUAUAACCACAUAAAUGAGCUGAUACAACUCCAGGAAAUGCCACUUCCCCUGGAGGCUAAUAUGGACCUUGUUCACUUGCUUACACUGUCCCUUGAUCUUUACUACACAGAAGAUGAAAUUUAUGAGCUUUCAUAUGCACGAGAGCCACGAAGUCAUCGAGCUGCUCCUUUGACACCUUCCAGACCACCAGUAGUUGCAGACUGGGCCUCAGGGGUAGCCCCUAAACCUGAUCCAAAAACCAUCAGCAAACAUGUUCAGAGGAUGGUAGAUUCUGUCUUCAAAAAUUAUGACCAUGAUCAGGAUGGAUACAUAUCCCAGGAAGAAUUUGAAAAGAUAGCUGCCAGUUUUCCAUUCUCAUUUUGUGUAAUGGCUAAGGACUGGGAAGGUCUGAUCAGCAGGGAUGAAAUAACAGCUUACUUUAUGAGGGCUAGCUCAAUCUAUUCCAAAUUAGGACUUGGCUUUGCUCACAACUUCCAAGAGACCACUUACUUAAGGCCCACUUUCUGUGACAACUGUGCUGGAUUUCUAUGGGGAGUCAUUAAACAAGGAUACAGAUGCAAAGACUGCGGAAUGAACUGUCACAAGCAAUGCAAAGACCUGGUUGUGAUAGAGUGCAAGAGAAGACCCAAAACUUCAGUGGCAGAUAGCAGCCCAACAUCUGCUCUUGCUUCAAGCCUCUGCCCAGUAGGAGUCAAAGAGCAAUUCCAUGGACAAGAAGAAGGACUGUUCACAUUUCCUAAUGGAGAAGCAGUGGAACACAAUGAAGAUAGCAAGGACCGAACCAUUAUGCUCAUGGGUUCCUCAGCUCAGAAAAUCUCAGUGAGACUGAAACCAGCUGUGGUUCAUAAAGGCACACAGACUGAUCCCGUACUGCUGGCUGGUGAUGUAUCAUCUCGUAGGCAGACAGAGAAGAAAGAAUAUAGGAUGCCAGAAAAUCCUUAUCUCCAGGCAGCUCCACCAUCCCCGUGUCCGAGCCCAAUUCUAGGCCGCAGAAAGGCAUAUGUUAAAUGGGAAAACAAGGACUCCAGCCAGAAAAUGAAGGAGGAGCAUCAUAGCUGUAAACCCUCAUACCAGGAACUUGAGCAGGAAAGAAAUAUUCUAAAGGCAGACAAUGAAGGAUUAAAGAUCCAGCUCGAACAGGCACAUAAAACAAUUGAAUCUCUCACAAUCCAGAGAAGGAACCAUGUAGUUGACAACCUACAACACAGAGACUGUUCCUAG